AUGCGCCAACAGGUGAGGCCGUACGAGGAAGGUGGAAUGGAUCUACAGGAUUCUACCGGACUUUUCACGUCAUUCAGGAUUAAUCAGGUUACAGUUGCUUUAGGCAUUCCCUUGUCGGAUGGUGCGUGCUCAAGACAUAAAGGUUCACAUUUGAAGGACACUGUUAAGCAUACGUUCUUUGACUGGCCCAGUGGAUAUCUUUUCCCGGGACAGGCUACAGCAGAUACAAUCAAAUCUUGGUCACGUUUACUCACGGAAUACAAUCUUUCUACGGCAUGGUAG